AUGGAAAAAAUGCUUACACGCUACGGAGUCACUCAUCGUUUGUCUACCGCAUACCAUCCACAGACAAGUGGUCAAGUGGAGAAUGCAAAUCGUGGUAUCAAACGAAUCUUAGAGAAAACCGUUGGUAAGAAUAGGAAGGAUUGGUCCGACAAGCUAGACGAUGCAUUGUGGGCAUUUCGAACCGCCUACAAGACACCUUUAGGAACUACACCAUUCAUGAUCGUCUAUGGAAAAGCUUGUCACCUUCCCGUAGAGUUAGAACAUAGAGCGCUUUGGGCAUUGAAAACCGUUAACCUUGACAUGACCGAAGCCGCUAGGAAGCGUUUCUUUCGAAUCCAUGAGCUUAAGGAGCUUAGGGAUGCGGCUUAUGCUCGAUUGUUGGGAAUUAAGGAGAAGACGAAAGCUUCACAUGAUAGGAAGCUAAGGAAGGUUAAGGAAUUUAGUAAAGGUGAUAAAGUACUUCUCUACAAUUCAAGAUUGAAGUUGUUUGCGGGGAAGUUGAAAUCAAAGUGGUCGGGACCGUAUAUGGUUCAUUACCUGUUUCCGUACGGAGCGGUGGAGAUUAUGGAUGAAUCGGAUGGCCGGAGUUGGAAGGUGAAUGGCCAUCGAUUGAAGCACCACAUUGGAGGAGCAACAGACAAGAACGAGAUGGAGGAAACUCCUCUCGAAAUUCCAUCAAAAGCCGCCACUUAG